CUGCGUCUCUGGCCUCGCUGGCCUUGGGGGGAUGGUUCCAUCAUGGCGUCAAUGCAGAAACGACUACAGAAAGAACUGUUGGCUUUGCAAAAUGACCCACCUCCUGGAAUGACAUUAAAUGAAAAGAGUGUUCAGAAUUCAAUUACACAGUGGAUCGUAGACAUGGAAGGUGCACCAGGUACCUUAUAUGAAGGGGAAAAAUUUCAACUUCUUUUUAAAUUUAGUAGUCGAUAUCCUUUUGACUCUCCUCAGGUCAUGUUUACUGGUGAAAAUAUUCCCAUUCACCCUCAUGUUUAUAGCAAUGGUCAUAUCUGUUUAUCCAUUCUAACAGAAGACUGGUCCCCAGCGCUCUCAGUCCAGUCCGUUUGUCUUAGCAUUAUUAGCAUGCUUUCCAGCUGCAAAGAAAAGAGACGACCACCAGAUAAUUCUUUUUAUGUGCGAACAUGUAACAAGAAUCCAAAGAAAACAAAAUGGUGGUAUCAUGAUGAUACUUGUUGAUGCCACUGUUGUCGUCAUCCUCCUAGCAGAAGAUAGUCCUACUGAGAAAAAAUGAGCACUUUGAUCAUUCAGUCUUUGAACUUUAACAUUUGACUGGAAGUGACCUAUAGGCAAUGAAGACUACUUCCUUUUACUGCAUUUUUACUCGUGUGCAUUCUGGGCGCAUGUUGAUCGCUGGUUUAGUCCAGACAACUGACAUGCUUUUAUUAGUCAUACAGUAUUAAUGCAGGUGUCAGGAAAUGUCAAAUAUAAUUCCAUUUUUUUAAUUUUAUUUUUUUAAGCUUUUGGAAAAGUUCCAGGUCCUCAUGUAUUGUGCAAUAACAAUGACUUCCCUGGUGGUUUGGGGACGUUCAUUGCCGGCAAUGGACGUUUGUAACAGGAAAAGUUUUCAUUAAUUCCUGCCGCUCCGUGAUUAAUGCAUGAUAGGGCCUAAGAAAUGAAUUUAUCGGUUAUAGUGGGAGUAUAAUAAAGUGAGGGAUCCAGAAUUGCUUUGAAAGUUUCACCCCAAUUGUUUAUAUUUGGAUUCUAUGCACUGUGAUCCUAACAACAUGCGUCUUCAAAAGGACUAUAAUGAACGAUCAUUGCGUAUUUAUUUAAUUGUUUAUAUCUGCUGUCAAAUUGUUUUGACAUGGAAGGUUUUCGAAUAACAUUGGCAGAGAGGUACAAUAUGUUAUCCCUAUGGUGAAAAUAAAUUCAUUUGUUGUAAAUAGUUCCUCAGUCUCUGGAGUAAAGGAAUGAAUAAUAUAGGGUUUAAUCAAGGCUUUACUUGGGAAGUAAGGAAACUGACAGUGAUGGUUAAAUUGCUGCAGUCCAUCCUUCAGGCUUGUUAUUUGUAUAUUAAAGAUUUUUUUUUCCCAAGUAGAUUAUGCUGUUACUUCUUGCUAGCCAUCAGCAUGAGCCCUACUGCUAAACACUAUUUCAUUUAUUUAUGUUUGGAGAAUUCUAAACAUUUUUGUUUGUGAUCUUGUUUCUUUUUGUUAUGUUUUAUGUCAGAUUUGAAUGUUAUAAUUACCUUCAUUGAAAAACUUUUGUCACAUUUUUUUUCCUUGUAAAUUUUCUUGUCCUUCAAUCCUGUACCCUAAAAUAAGAAAUACAUUUUUUGACAGAGGCUUAAUGUUUUAACAAAAUGUGUGGACAUUUUUAUUUUAAGAUUUUGGCAAAAGUACACUAUAAAUGGUAUGCUUGCUUGUUUGUCUCACACAAUCCUAGUUUUUCCUGGAGGGAUUUUUGUUUUGUUUUCUUGUUACUGAAAAGACUUUGCUCACAGCUAGAUAGGUUUUCUAUAUUUAAAAAAAUGUUGAAAAGUCCCAUUCUCAGUACCAUGUAAGUUAAUGAUACUGCAACUAGGUUCUCUUUUUAAAAAGCAAUUGAUGUAUUUUAUAAAUUACCUUUUCACAUAUGCAAAAUCUGUUUUUACUACAAUGUUAUUUUUACUAAUGCCUUAUUGUUGCACUCUUUGAAGUAUCCUGUAGUGAGUAUGUUAAUCAGUAUGAGCUUGAACAUAAAAGCCAGUUGGCUGAAAGAUCUGAAAUAUGUACCCCAGUAAAACCAUCCAAUAAGUAACUGAUAAAGAAUCUUGAAAAAAUUGUUUUUAAUCUCUGUGUAGAUGACAUUUUGUAGCUUUGUACAUGUUGUUAAUUAAGGGCAUAUAAUUUUACAUACAAAGUAUGAUUGCUGAACUCAGGGGUGGGUAGACUUCAAAAAUUUGUUGUAGAAAUAACUAGAAAAAGAAAUUAAAACCAUGGCCAGCUAGCAAAUUAUGGAGACUGUUUAUACUACUAAUUAGCAACUACCACUUUUAAAAAUUCUAAGUAUUUUUGUUCUAGCUUGCCUAGAUACGCAUAAAUUCUUACAGUGAUCACUAUCAAUUUUAUUAGCUGGCCUAUUUAAUCUGGUUAAAAUAUUUGAACUAUUCUGAGUUUUUAAACUGCUUUUAAUAUGAAAAUUACAGCUGUAUAUUAUGUAUUUUCCUAUCUUACAUAACUGCCCUAAUCUACUGAUUAACUUGAUCUUUUCCAUUGGGGGAGGGAUAUAGGGAAGUCACUCUCUGUAUUGCUGGUCCUCUUACUAAACUUCUUUUUUGAAGAAAUGACCUGUGAUAUUUAGUCACCAAAGGAAUUAAGGUACCAGGUCAAAGAUGAACAAUGCUAGGUCAUAUAGUACCUUAGUCAAGUUUCUUAUAACAUACCUCUCUCUAAAUACAGAUACCAUAAAAUAAAAUGGAGGGAAAAAGCAGAAAACCAAAUACUUUUUGGUGUGUGUUACGGUUCAAAGUAGAAAACAGAAAGAUGAAAUACCAUAAACUAUAGGAACACCAACCAUUUCAAAUUCAUGAUCAAGUUAACUUUGCUUCCUUGAAUUUAGGAGUGAUUGGAAACUCUUUUGUUUGCACUUAGAUGUAAUCAUUUGAUAUGUGAGCUACAUAAUUGAAAGUCAUAGGACAUUUAUCUUAGUCAUUCUACUAAGGGUAAGUAAGGGCUUUGUAAUAAGAGAAAAAUAAUAUUUCACUAUAUAGUUUGAAAACAAUCAAAAUACCAAGAAAUUUAUGUAAGAAUAUUAUUUACUCUGCAUUCCUUCCAUGGAGCACUAGGCCUACAGAAUUAUACAUUUAUACUUAGAUGUGUUAUUUUUCCUCCCUCCCUCCCUCCCUCUCUCUCUUUCCUUCUUUUAGGCCAUUCUUCUGGUUUGCCAAUUUUGUUAAGACUGUGAUUCAAUUUCUUAUUUAUGCAUGCUUAGGUCAUGAACUUGGUGCCCUUUCAAAAAAGUUUUUGUCAGAAAUUUAAUGCCGUAAGUUUUAAGAAGAAAGAUUUCUGUUUUUUAAGGGAAAUUAAAAAUAAAUUUUAUGGUUAUUCUCUUAAGGAAUUAUGAUUUAUUUCUAAUGAAUUUGUAAUGUGUACGUUCUCAUUUAGCCAGAGGGAAGUAAAACAUUUUUAAUCACCAGAAGAAAGUCCUGGAAAUAGCUUUUAUGUAGUUAACAGCAGUUCAACUGAACAGAGUUAAUCCUUCUCCUUUUGAAUAGGUACAUAAAUAUCUGUUAAAAGAUAACUGCCUUAGUUUACUGCUUUUUUUCCUUCUAGGUCUGAAAUAUGCAGUCAUUAGAUACCUAUGGUGGAUAAUAACUUGCCAAAAUUCUAAAACAUACUAAUGACUUUCCAGAUGGCAUCAAAGGUGAAUUGACAAAAACAUAGAAGGAUUUAGUGAUAUGAAAAUGCUAUAAUAAGUAGUUAUUUCUGGUU